AUGGAGAGAAAUCAUUUUUACCUAAAAGAACAACUAGAGAAUGACCAAUUUAACAAGAACAUACAGGAUGAGUACAAGCAAAGGUUCGGAGUUGAUACUAAAAAGGAUCAGUAUGUGGAGGAGGUCUCAGUGGAGGAUCUAUCGAGAAGAUCUACCCUCACUGAAGUGAAGAAACCACCCCUGCACCAGUACAUUUACCCAUUUAUCGACUUAGGAAAAAAAUUUUACUCAUCCUUGACACUGUUCUACGAACCUAAAUUAAUCCAUUUGUCCAUUUUAUUGACGACCUUGUGGGCUUUUAAAAACAUCAAAUGCAUUAACCAGUUGCUCAUCCAUAAGUAUGCCGACUUACAUUAUCAAAUCACUCGUCCUGAUUCACUGAGCAGUAGGUAUAGAGCAUUCAAGGUGUUAGCCCUCGGGGGGUCUGUUCUCCCAGGAUGUGUUAUCGGUUUUACUAUGUACGAUUUUUACUGGGGGAGGACCAACUCGGUGCUCGUUCCUAACAACGAGGGUGCCUCCCAGGCGAGGAGUGCCUCUCCCCUCAUCCCGUACACCCUGCGCAGGGACAUAUCGAGAAAGAUGCGCCUGCUGAAGGAGAAAACCUUUUUUUUCGCGAAGGACCUGGCCGAGAAUAACAACUUCAAAAGGUUGUCAAGGGAGUACCACAGGAGCCUCGACCGGCGCCUCCAUGGCCUCAGCGAAAAGAAGGGUCCCAUGGAGUAG